AUGGCUUCUAAUGGUCUAGGAGAUGAUCAAGUGUUAUGGGACUGGACGGUUAAAGCCGUCUUAUCUGCCAAUCCUUCUAUUACAUCAGACUAUGUAUUGGUGGUUAUGUAUCAUGCAAAUAUUAAUCGUUUGGCUUUUUGGCGACCCGGAGAUCUCAAUUGGACUAAUAUUAAUAUUAGCGUGGACAGAAUGGGUGAUAUCAUGGAUAUGAAUUAUUAUAAAGGUAAAUUCUAUUAUGUUACUGUUGGGGGUGAAUUCUGGGUUUUUGAAGUUCCAGGGCCUACCACCCCCAAACUCAAACCAACUGUAGAGUCACAAUUGCUUUAUUGGUGUGAAGAUGAUAUAUUCCGUCAUCAUUCAGUUCAGUAUUACCUAGUCGAGCUAUCUGGUGCACUAUCAUUUGUUAUUCGAUAUGCCUGUCAAUUUGAGGAUCAUAGAUAUAAGACCUAUAAAUUUGAAGUCUUUGAAGUAGAUUUAGUCAAGGGUGAAUUAAAGAUGGAGCCGAUUAAAACCUUGGGAAAUUCGGCCUUUUUUUUGGGUUCUAAUGCAUCAUGUUCCAUUGAAUCGUCUAAAUUUAUCGGAAUUAAGCCUAAUUAUAUAUAUUUUACGGAUGAUUGGCUUGAGAAAUUCCGCUGCUUAGAUGGUGCUGGGAGAGAUAUGGGAGCUUACAAUUUCGAAGAUGGGAAAAUUGAAUCUAUUUAUUCCGAUUUAUCACUAAGUCAUAUUUGUCCACCAGCUUGGAUUAUGCCAUUUCGAAUAAUGUGA